AUUGUUAUAGGCUAUCAAGCGAAGUAACUGACACUUGCUUCAUUUCGUGAUCUUUAACAACAUGGAUCUAAACAAAAUUGUAUGGCUUUAGCUGGAAAUGGCGGCCGACAGCGAAGAUAUUUUGGCCGUGAGGGAAUGGCUGUCCUCGGAAGUUAAGCUGGAAAGGUAUGCCGAUAAACUUGUGACAAACGGUUUUAUUUCCCUUAAGAGUUGCUGCAAGAUCGAUGAAACUGUUCUCGAUGAAGUUGGAAUUGUAUUACCGUACCAUCGUAAGCGAUUUUUGGCGUUUGUGGAGAAGUUGAAAGAAAAGCUCGGCACAAAGUUACCGAACGAAGCAAAUGGUGUCGUGUCAAAUACGGAAUUGAUAGGGCAAUCUGAAGCAGGAAAUGAACAACAAACAUCACUAAUUUGUUUAAAGAGCGAUGAAGGAAAAAGUGAGCUUGAGAACAGUUGUUCUUCGCCGCUUUUAACGGAGGAUGGUGGAAAUUCAGAAAGCACGGUUGCUGAAGAGGGGCUACCGAUGCUUCCGCCGAAAACCGCCAAACGAAGUCCUUCAGUAAAAGCUCCACCACCUAUACCGCCAAGAGCAGACUUACAGGAAGGGAGUAGUUCUAGAGACUCAAUCCCAAGGGCUGUGCAUGUAAACACUCAGUCACACCAGUCGGCUCAGCCAUCUCAUGCUGAACAACUUCCAGUUCAUGGUGAUGAACCAAAAAGGAAAGUGCCCCAGAAACCACCCAGAAGAACUGUAGAAAAGGCAGCUUCUGCUAAUAAACCAGAAGUUAUAAGUGGCACGAGUUUAGAGUCUAGCUUGCAGACUGAAACUCAGCAACAGGCUUCAUGCUCUGUUAAUAAUGGUGUUAAUGAGGACGUUGUUGCAACCUUUGAUCCAUUGAAUUGCAAAGAACUUUCUACUGAUGUUGAUAAUUCCUUGUCAGCUGCUUCAGAGUUGCCUCAUCCCCAACUUAGUGAUGGGGACUUGGAAACUUGCAAUGAUCAAACAAGCAGAGAAAAUUAUAUGUUAGGGGAAGUUGACGAAGGAACAGGUCACACUUCUUUGGAAGCAAAGAGGCCAGCUCCAAAGGCAGCUGUUAGGACAGGAUCCAAAAAACCAGUACCUGUCCCUCGAGUACCACGUGCCAGAGUAAAGUCGGAAGAUAAUAUAUUAGUGUCGGCAGUAGCCCCUGAGAGGAACAAUAUAGAUGAAAAGAAAGAGGAGAUUCCAUCUGCACCCAAACACUCUUUACAAACCCGAACAAAGUCAUUUACAACACCAGGUGACAGAAACGUUGGUCCUACAGAAGACAAACCAUCAACUUUCCCAAGAUAUCCUUCCAGGCCAGCCCCACCUGCUCCUCCUAGAAAAACAAGUUUAAGAGAGAAAAGAAGCAUUUCAGAUAUGCCAUUACCUCCUAUACCCACAGAGGGAGGGAACAAAAAUCAGGGUGAUGAAUUAGAUGGUGCUGUAGCCUCUGGACAAGGUACAGUGUCACUUAAAUUUUUAAGGCCCAGGAGUGACCAAAAUCAGUUCUCUCCUAACAAUACCAAAUACAAUCAAGAGAAAACUAGGUUAUGUAAUACUUUAAUCACCUAAGGGAAAAUGUUUUGAUUCUUUAUCAAAUUCUUUUAACUAACUCUUUAUAGAAAUAUAUAUACACAGAUCACAUGUACCUUGAAAGUUCUUGAAAAUUGCAGUUAGCGCUGGAAAGUCCUUGAAUUUUGGUGCUAGAAACUUUAUCCAACCCAGAUUCUCAAGUGCCUAAAAGCAGCAAACACAGAAAGACCUUCACAACGAAAUAGCUCAUGUUGUGGAAGAACCAAAAAAGACAGACUCAAGGCUCUUUUUUGCACUGAAUGGAGUCCUUGAAACAUGGGAAGUGUGUCCUUGAAAAUCAUUGAAUUUUUUUGUUCAAAAAAGGGUUUGAACCCUGUAUAUAGAGACCAGUUUGGAGAAUCUUGUAAGUAGAUAUUGGAGUUUGAAGGGUUUAAGUAGCCUUUAUGAAUUCCAUUUUUAAGUUGCCAUUGCCUUUGUCUGUGUCAAAGAACAGAAAGUUCCAAUCUCAUCUUUCAAGCCUUUGUUAUCUGUGCAAAGAACUUGCAGGGGACGAGGGAGGUGCAGUUUAAGGUAUAUAAAGCAGUUUUCCCAUAUUGUGUCCACAUAGAUUGUCAUUGUUUGUUUUUCAAUAUAAUUUGAAAUUGGCAUGUUACUUAUGUAUCAAAACUAUGUACAAACAGGAGUUAUUUAAAGUUGGGAUUUAAAUAAUAUAAAAUACACAACAUGAUUUGAUCUUAGCAUCCCAAAUCCAACUGUAUUCUAGCCUGCACGCAGACGAAAUUAAACUCUGGUACUAAUCAGAGUUUAGUUAUCGUCUGCACGCAGGCUAACUGUAUUCAUGUGUGCUUGAAAGAGAGAUUCUUCAAAGCUGUCAGUAGCAGGGUACGUUCUGUUUAUGUUGUAUGUCAAAACAAGAUUCAGGUUAAAAUGAUUUCAACCUAGUUUGAUUUCCAACUGGUAAUUCAUAAGUCUUUAAGAGUCUUGUAUAGUUAGUAUGCCCUAUGUGAAAUGUUUUGGAUGCCUGUUUGAUUGUUGUUUUGAAUUAAUUAUGAUUAGUUCAAAGGAAACAUAGUGCAGACACAAGCCUUGCUGAACAAGAACCUUUUGCAGAUACCACUUAUGAAGCCAUUAACUUUAAGGAUUAUCAGAAAGCGGAAGAAUCAGGAGAUGAUAACUACUCAAGUGAUGAUUCUCUGGAUGCAGUAGAAGAUUUGCCAGAAUAUGCUCCCAAGGUAUGUGAUCAGUUGAACCUCUGUUAAGUGGACAACAAGUGUGGAUUCAGAAAAUUCAGAAAGUGAGGGCAGGGACACCCUUGAGUUAUAUGGAUACUAUGUAUUUGACUGAGAAUUCUUUAAAAAUGAUACAAAUGUUUGCAAAAAAUGUUGGGGCCUUAGUGGCUGCCUUUCUAAAUCUUGUCAUUAAACAGUUUGAACUUAUGAAGAGACAGUGAUCUGUGAUUUUUUUAUAGCUGGGAAGAGGUGACAGUGUCGAUAGUCCUGAAGACUCAAGAAUGUCAAGAAAUAUCCUUAGUCCCAGGGUAAGUGUGAUUUACUGGUUUCUUCUUUUUGUUAAAAGUGAGUUCUUUGCUACAAAGAAUCAUAACUUUUUACUUCCCAGGUGAGAGAAAGAUAAGUUCCAUAACUUGUAUUUCUUGACACUUGCAGGUUCGCAAGAGUGAAGGAUAUCUCUGGAAACAAGGAGGGUCAGUGAGAGCUAAGUUCUUUAUCCCCUUAAUCCCGAAUGUUAAUGAAUGAUUGAGCGUGUGAAGAAAAAACUGAACAAAUGAACGAGCAAACAAACAAAGUGGCAUACUAACAAGUUAACAGUAAGCUCAGACAUGUAUCAGCAUGAAAGGGCAGGCCAUGAUAUGAAUAACGUUUGCCAGGAAGUAGACUUCUGGGAAAACGUCCCUACUCUUUUUGAACAGUGAUGUGGUUUCUUUUACAUCCCCUUCACAAAAUAAUGUAAGAAGGAUGUAGGAGACAAGGCCAAUGGCUUAACGUCACAGCCCAAAUGACACCAUCAUUGAACUGAGACAUGGUCUUAACAUAGCCAACACGAUUAAAGACUCUGGUUGUUGUUCUAGUCUCCCACUCGAUGGACCAGCAGUCCUAAAAGUACAGAUUGGAUCAAGAAGCAUGCUUCAAAAUUACCAGCAGGCAUCAUUUUUGACCAAUAUAAACUUGUUUUUCUUUUACCUUUAGGCAACAAAACAAUAAGGGAUGGCGAAAACGUUGGUUUGUUUUUAGUGGGACAGACUUGAGAUACUACAAAGAUAAGGUACAUGAAAACAAAAUGUAUGCUUUUAUUUUUAAGACUUUUUGAUUCAGAAAUAAAGCACAUAAGCAAGUCUGAGCAAUAAAAGUUUACCUUGCAUGGUUUAAAUUUAACCAGAAGCUACUUGAAGGUCCUAGGAAGAGCACAUUUGUACGGCUUACAGGAAAGGUGGACAAGGUGGUGUAAAGGGUUGUUUAUGUUGAGUUGAAAAAACUCAGAACUGUUGCACAUUAUAUUUUGAGGUCGCAAAUAUUUUGCAGUUUCUUUAAGCUUGUGUACUUCCACUAUUUCUUCCUUCCAGUGAUUUCAACAGCUUUUAAUGACUGAAGUAAAGAACUCAAAAACAUCUUAUUUAUAAGAUCAAUAUACUGAGUUAUUUGUAUACAUCUUUUUAGCAAAAUCUGAAUGAAUCCCUUCAUAUCAUUCCUGUCAGUCAAAUAAGAAACAUUGAGCCAUUGAAAGAUGUAAGUAUAGAAUAGACUUGAUAUCACCAUGUAUAUUAUUGUCAAGCUGCAGGAUAGGAAAGCAGUUUUAAUAGGUUCCAAAUUUGCUGGAAAAAUACAUUUUUGUUAAAAUUGAAUUAGUUUAAUCUAUCUGAUUAUUACAAUGAUCAGACAGUCUAAGUUAUAUUGUACUGUACUACCCAAAGCUGCAAGGAUCUUGUGCAGUUAAAUUAGUCACUUUUUAAUAGCAUCCUUCUCUUUGAAAAAAGUACUUUAACUAGGUUUGUCUGUUGUGCAGCCUAUCAACAGUAAUUUACCGGUAAUAAUUAAAUCAGGGUGCAAAGAAAGUCAGUUGUAGUUAGCAUGUACUAACCCAAGAGUCAUUUUAACUGGACAGAAAAAAGAGAAGCAAGAUUGAUUACGGUUCUGCAAUUAGAAUACCAGUUCACUUUUGUAUUGGGCAAGUUAAGGACAGAAUUCACUAGCCUGAUAGCAAAAGCCACUAGGCCCAGGCUACACCUGUAUCAGACUCAACUUUGUUUACACUCAACCCUCCAAGUUAAAGUUUUUGCUUAGUCGCCAUUUGGCAACCAAUUCUUUUGGUUUAGGGAAACUUUUUUACAAAUCAAGUCGCCAACUUCAAAAUUUUAGGUGCCAUGGGAACUAAAAUAGUCGCAACUUGGAGGGUUGCACACGCUGACUUAUCUUCUUUUAUAUACCAUAACUUCAUAUAACCUACUUGCACACAUACCUACCUGCUUACCUACCCAUUUUCUCCUUUAUUUUCUUUUCGUCUUCAGGCAAAACGUCCAACAUUUAAGGUCAUCACUCCAAACAGAACUUUUAUAUUUGCUUCUGACAGCACUAGUGAGUUUUGUAUUGUUGUUGUUGCUCUUUCUUCAGUUUUAUGUAGCUGUAUCUUGUUCAAUAUUGACCCAAUUAACAUCAAACGUGAGAAUUUUGCAAAGCUAGGGGUGCUUUUUCUGGCUAUUUGCGCCUUAUGUUAAUAGUCCUGUAACACAUGGACUCAUAUCCAGCCCCCCAUUGGUUUGAAAUUAGGCAGUGUUCUAAUUCCAUGCUCUAAUAAUAUUCAAUUUCACAGUCUUUGCUAAGGAUGAAAAUUAAUGUUGGGCCAUCAAAAUAUGGUCAAUUUAUACUGAAACAUCUAUUUUAUAACUUGGAUGUCUCUUUUGUAUAAAUUUCCCAACAGCGGACAUGAAUCUUUGGUCGCAGACUCUCAUGGAAGCAGUUAUCGUUUACAAGGUAAUUAAAUUACAAUAUCAUACCUGAAAACUUGCUUUACGGAAUCUAUCACCCCUAGAAAAUGUCCUGGGCAAUUUGCAAAAUUGCAGUUUUUAACCUUGCAAAUGAACUUUUAACAGCCGGGGAAGAAACCCAAAAAAAGGCUGCUGAAAUAAUAUUUUCAUUACUGGAUUAUAGCUACUGCUUUGAUUGUUACAUGUAUGCCUGCUUAUCUAUAAAGGGCAAAUCUGCCCUGAUCUCUAAUAUUCAUUAGAUAGGUUACAGCUGUGGUUUUUAAACUGUGGUAGUUACUAGUAUCAGUUUAGGAACACCAACAAAAACAUUGAUCGUUUUUAUGUUCCAGGGAGAUGAAAAAGCUUGGAAGAGUGGAGGAGACAUGUGUGAUCCUGAUAAAGAGGUGCGAUUUCUCUAAUUAAAAGUAUUUUCUUAUAUUUUAUGGUUGCUCCUCUGGUGUUUAAUUAAAAUGCAACCAUUUUUUACAACAUUUUUUAAAUGUACAAAGCAGUUCCCAAAGAUGAUGAUGAUGAUAAUAAUAAUAAUAGCAAUAACAAUAAUAAUAAUAAUUAAUUAUAAGCCACAAAAUAGCAUUUAAAUAUGAUCUAAUGGGCACAAAUAAUAGACAUUUUUUUUCUUAUACCAUCCCAAGUCACUGAAUUUCACAGGAAUUUCCAUCGAAAGCCUAGCCUGUCAGCAGUUUGAAUAUUAUCUUAAUUAGCAUAUAAUGAUGAUUACUUUUCAGGGAUGGCUAAAGAAACAAGGGCAUAACGUAGUUGCUGAUUGGAAGAAAAGGUAUUCUUUUCCGAUCUUCUUCUUAUCUGAAAACAUAGGGCAAUAAUAAAAAUGAAAAAUUAACUUUUCUCUUUCAUUUUCUUAACCUUCUAAACUUUGUUUAUAUCUAGAUAUGUUGCUGUCAAAGAUGACAAGAUUUGCUAUUAUGACACAUAUGAAGUACGUUUCUCCCAUUGACCUUGAUGUUUGUUUUUUGUUAGUUUCUCACUGUGACAAACGAUUUUUUUUUUUUGCAUGAUUUUUUUUCACAAUGAUUAUUGCUUUUCAAGUUUACCAUUUCUCAUUAUAACUUUGUUGUGUUACCCUCUCUUAAAGAAAGUCUCCACUCCACCUCACAGUUCAUAUUACAUUCCCUCAGGACUUUGUGUUCGCAACUCCAAUUAACUGUAUCAAUGCUGCACUUGCCAAAGUAAAAACCGUUGAGGGACACAAGAACAGAUUUACAAUCAUUACUUUCAACAAGUCCUACAGGUUAGUAUGAAUCAAAGGAAAUUCUGCCCCAUUUUCCUCCUGUAGUGGUUGUCUGUUACUUCAUUAGACCUUGCUAGUCUUUGACCAUUGUCAUUUCAAAUGGUCUUGAGAUGUGUAGUACGCUUUGUGUCACUUUUGACCUAAUGUAAGCUAAAACUUUUAACUGUUGUUCAAAGUACCAUGGCAUUUUUUUUCUGACACUCUUUUACUGUGAAAAACUGGGAUAACUUACCAGCCACUUGACUCUUUAACAGUAUUACACCUUCAGAAUUCCCCUGAAAGUUUCGUCUCCUUAAGCACUGUAAUAUCAACCAGCGAUAAGCUUCUCUUUAGCUUCACAUCCUGCUUAUAAUUUUCAUCAUUCUAUAGUUUUCAGGGAGAUAGUGAAUUUGAUGCGGCCUCCUGGAUCAUUGCCAUUGAAACAGCAAUCCAGAUAGGACUUGGUGAUAGAGCGGUAAGAAGUAUAAAUUGUCACUUAUCAAAAUGAUUAUUGUUAUUGUGUGCUUAAUAAGCUGAACUCUUCUUUCUUCAAUGAUUACAGGCUAAACGUAGAAAAAAUUCAUUUAUUUUGUCGAGACUGGUUAUUGACUGUUGUUGUAUAGUACAACAAUGUCAAAAAACUGAAAACAAAAUAGUAAUCAAUAUUUGUAUGUAAAAGAUCAUUUCUCCCCUCUGAAGUUAUGUAUUUUGCACCUCUACCAAUACACUACAUUCAAAUCACUAGAUGUUAUGUGACCUGAAGUAACUUAUGACAGGUUUUACUGUUGAGGAAAAAUUCCAGCAAUAACUGACAAUAAUGUAUGUGAGGAUGCAAAAGGAUGAUAAAAGGCUGUGAUAUUUGGUCAGUUAUGCUUUUGUCUUGGGCAGAUUCUUGAAAAAGUUUGGGAGAAUCCUAGUAAUCGAUGGUGUGCUGACUGUGGAAUGAAAGGCAAGAAUUGCAUUACCUUUUUAUAAAAUUAACUGACUAGUAUCACCAUUUAAUGUACCAUGCUUUGGUACAAAAAUAAUCCCAGGAAUACAGUCGAUUCUCUCCUAAUAGACACCUCUAUAACAUGGACACCUCACUAAAACAGACACCUAGAGUUGGUCCCUGCCUUUCUUUACUCCCUUUAUUUGACUCUCUAUAAGACGGACACCUCUAAAACUGACACCUAGAGUUGGUCCCAGCCCUUCUUUACAUCCUUUAUUUUGCUCUGUAUAAGACGGACAUCUCUUGUAGACAUACAUGUACACUGACUGCCUGUCCCAAAGGUGUUUGUGUUAGAAAGAAUUGACAGUAGUUCUUUAAAUUUGCAGUCAGUGACUGAUAAAAUUUAAGUAAGAAUUCACCAUUUAUUUCCAUGGCUCUGUCUCUAUUAAUCUGUAGAAAUAAAAUAUCUUUUGUAGCCAAUACAUGUACUAAUAAAUAGUUAUUUUAUCCCUGGCAUUGACUGUGCUUUUUGUUUUAAUCAUUUUCAGAUCCAGUGUGGGCAUCAAUAAAUUUUUGUGUGUGCGUCUGUGCAAAAUGUGUGGGUAAGUGGAACAGUCACAGCGAGUUUGGCUAAUGGGGGAUGUUAUAUAGCCAAGAGAAAUUUUUUCUUGCAGAACCAAUGGGGAAAUCCCGAGCGGGUAAUCAGAACACAGUUUACCUUGUCUUUCCAGCUCAUGUAGCCAGUUAUAGACCUAAUUUAAGGUGGUUAUGUGUGUAUGACAGGGAUGUGGCUGGCCUGUGAUGGCACAUGUAAUUCUGGCGGUUGCUUUUCUCUGCUGAAAAUAGCCAUUUGUUUGCAGGCUAGCUUGGAGUUACAUUGAUUGCUUUCAUGUUUGACCAGCUGAAGAGCUGUUAAGUAUAGAGCUGGCUGGUCCUUUUAUUUAGCUUCUGUACAAAUUUCUUAAGAUAGAUCACUGGUUUAAGGGCUUUAAUUUUAUGCUCUUUUUUAAGGCAUGCACCGAAAUCUUGGAGUGCACUGUUCCAGAGCACGAUCUCUGCUUAUGGAUGAAAAGGUCUGGAAUCCAACUCUUGUUGAGGUAAAUAUGUCUCUUCAACCUUGAUAUUUCAUUGCACCUUAUGAUACCACUUUUGUAUGUGAGCUGAUUUUGCUUUAUCUGUUCCAGCUGAUGAUAAAAAUUGGAAAUGACACAGCCAACCAACUUUUAGAGCACAAGUUGCCUGAAGAUGACAAAAUCAGUCCAGAAGCUAAUGUGUAUGUAUAACUCAAUAACACUUUUUUGAUAUUUUCUUGACCUACGUGAAGGGAGGGGCUUUGCUAAUACUAUGAUGUGACUUGCCCUUUUUAACCCUAAUAUCAAAACACAUUCUCCACUCUGUCCUCCAUAUAUUUCUGGUACUACAGUCUAAGAGAAUUUGUGUAAAAUUAAGACGUUGUUCAUCUUCUGUGAUUAUUUCCUUUAUUCCCUUGUUCUUUAUGUUGAGUAGUGAUAUUAAAUGGAGAAACUAGAUCUGUUUUACUAACCAUUUGUUUAAAUUAACCAUGAUUUUUUCAUUGCUUACAGCGCAGAAAGACGGGAGUUUAUUUAUUCUAAAUAUUGUGAUAAGAAGUACUGCAAAUACCAUCAAGCUUUUGGGGAUAAUGAAUUUUUGGGAAAGGUAAAGUGUUUGAAAAUCAUAAAUUUUUUUACUAGCACCAGUGACUGGGAACUUUAACACUGAUUGCUGUGUUCAUAUUGCACCACAUCCACUCAGUCUUAGGGGUUACAAGGUAAAAAGUCUGAAAAUAAUCCUACUUUUUAGCAAGUAGAUCAGUGAAUGUGGGUUUGUGGGUGUAAGGGAGAAGAUGUUGUAAUCCUUUCAGUCGUGAUUUGUCUAACAUUAAGAUGUUGUUGUAGUGCCUGCGAGAAACAGUGCUUACAGAUGAUGUAGUUACCACCAUGGAGCUUAUUCUAAACAAAGUAGAUGUAAGUAUUUUUACUUUCUGGGGAAGGAGCACCCCUUCUCCAUCAUCCAACCUCCUCUCACAUUUUUAUGUCAUUAUUUCUGUCUCCUUUCUUGCUCUAAUACCUGACUCUGUUAUGAAACAUGUGUCAAGUACACCAGUCAUGUUGAAUGAUAAUCUGUUUUCUCAUAUUUUUGCACCUUGUAGGUGUGUUUUGUUCCCUCUGAUGCUGAAGAUGAAAAAACACGUAAGUUAUAAAAAAACUCUGUUAUUAAAGACAUCACCCAUCCAUACACAGUGUACCCCAGUAGAAGCAGUGAGGGGGUUGGGAAGGAGGGCAGUGGCUGGUAUGGUGGGAAUCCUCUUAUGGCAUUGCACAGCUUACGUUUCAGUUAAAGUCACGAAUCAGUGUUUUUUUGGCUCCUACGAAUGUUGUCCAGGUUUGACCCAUGCACUCCCAAAUGUGGCCAAAAUCAACAUUCAGCAAAAUUUCCAAAUUUCUUUUUGUAAAAUGCUGAAAAACAAAUUUAUUUGUGGAACUAUGGCCCAAAAAGUGUCAUUUAAACGGUCAGACCAUAGGAUUUUGUGUACAGACUCAAAAGUUGGAACCACCUCAGUGGCAGCACUCCUUUGUAGACUCUGAGAGGAAAUUGCAGGCCGUAGCACAAAUUUUCUUUAUUAUGUACAUCUUUGUGAAUUCAGAAGGGAAAAGUAGUAACUUUUCUUUGAUCUUUCUGCUCUCAUUUGCACAGCUCUUGAAUUAGCAGAAGAAGCUGGACAUUCUCUUCAAGCUGUAAGCAGAUCUCCCAUUGUAUAGAACUUUUGUUUAAAAGAGAUUUCUGAUAGAUUUCUGAUAGGUUUUUCUACCAUUGUUCUUGUUCAUUUUGCACUUACAUUCUUGAUUUCAGGAACUACUUCGCCAAAAUGGUGGAGAAGGAGGUUUGUGGCAAUAUUUAUUUAUAAAAUUAAUAUAUUUUUCUCAGUUUACUGAGUAUUUUUCUGUCUUGUGGAUCACCCCCCAACCCGAGAAACUGUCCAUUUUUCGAAAGAUUUCAAACUUUUUGUCAUGUUGCUUUUUAGGGCAACUUCUUGUGCAGAAUAACAAUGAUAAUCAGGUCACGUCUGAGGUGAUUAUUAUGUUAUGUUAUGUUAUGUUGUUAUGUUAUGUUUUGUUACGUUAUGUAUUGUUGUGUUUUGUUAUAUUACGUUAAGCUAUGUUAUGUUAUUACAUGCUAAUUCAUUGUCUUAAUGUCUGCAUUGCUUUGUCACUUGUCUUCUAUUUCUCCUGCAUAAGAUUAUCCGUUAAAACUGAACAUCAUGUUAAGUACUGUUUAAAAAACGAGCAGAAGUGAGGUAUUUCGCCUCGAGUUUUUAACCCGAUAAUACAUGACUGUUAGUGUUUUGAACGUCUUCAAAAUCUCUGAUAUAGAUCAACUCAUUCUUGCACUAAUAUUUUGAUUUUGGGUUAUUUUGGUGUAAAAAAUUUGACGUAAAGUGUAGCUGUGUCUUUAUCAGAUAUGAAGACACUCAUUAAACAUUACUUUCUUUUGUUUUUCCUUUAUGUGAGUUUUUGAAGCUUUUUCUCUAUUUUGUUAAGAAUGCUUUAUCUCUGAAUUUUUCAAAGUCACAUGCAUGAACCUUUUAAUAAUGGUCCAAGAUGGAUGACAGUCAAUGCAUGUCUUCUUUUCCACUUAAUUUUUGUUAUUAUUAUUUUUUAUGUGUCAGAGUUCAGCAAGUACUCCAUUUGUUGAAGUGGUUUAUGAGAAAGAAGGAUUCUUGUACAAGAAAGAAGGAGUAAGUUAAUGUAUCUAUGUACCUAUUGAUAUGCGUGCCAUAUUUUCAAACUUGUUCCAGUGCACUAGGUGUUUUUUGAACAUGCUGCAUAUUUUGUCCAUAGUGUUCAUUAAUCAAGGGAAUUUAUUCACUGCCCAUGAUGGUGGUAUAAUGUUGUGGUUCAAUUAUAUGCCUGGUUUGAAUUUUAUUUCUCUGUGUUAUUGGGUAUGAUGAUUUGUAACAAUAAGUUUGAAACAAAGGAAAAUAUAAUUCAAACCAAGGAUAAAGGUUAUCCACUACAUAUAUCUUUCCAAUAUAUGCGAAGUUUAUUAUGGAACAAAAAAAAGUAGUAAUUUAGAAUUUAUUCAAGACCUGGCGUUUCAUUAAGAAAAUACGUUAAUUGAUUAAUGUUUAUUAUUUUAGUUAUUCAUUUGAUUCAUUUUUUAUUUAGGGCUGGAGAAAACGCUGGUUUCUGUUGAAGGAUCGUCAGCUUAAGUAUGGAAGAGGGGUCGGUAGAACUUGAGUUUCGUUUCUUAACAUUACAUUUUGUUUCAUUUCUACUAAAUACAAGACUAAAUGUACAAUUAUGUAAAUCAAGUUAAUAUAUUUGCAGCCUUACGAAAAGGAAGACCUUGUUACAAUUGACUUGACAACUGUGACGUCACUGGUGAAGUGUCCCAAGGGAGAGGUGUUACAGAUGGAUAUUGUUACAGCUGACAAGUGAGAAAAUCACAAUAUUCAAAGGGGCCAUGCCACAAGGAUAUUGCUAUUCUGUGCUUAACCCUUUAAUCCCCAAUAUACACAUACAAAUUCUCCAAACUGAUCUCCAUACAUUUCCUUACUGAAUUAAUUGAGAGAAUUUCAUAUAAGAUCGAGGCAUUUUCUCUUUGGUGAUCAUUUUAUCAAUUCUCAUAAUCAUAAUCUCUUGACAUUGUAUGGAUAAUGUUAGGAGAAAAUUGAUGUUGGUCACCAUUAGGACUUCACGGGUGAAGACAUUACUUAGUGUCUGUACUCAUACACAAAGUGCUCCUGUAGAGUUGGCAAGAAGAUAUCAAACAGAUUGCAUCAGGGAACACUUACCAGAAAAAACUGGCCCAAUUUUUGAACUUUCAGCCCAUGUCCAUCCUUGCUAUCCAUAGCAACAGAAAGCAGUUUCAGUAUGUAAAUUAAGCCUUAGGGUGCAUCCCUUUGGGAUGUUCCGGAUCGGGAUCAGUGAUCCGAGAUCACUCAGAUCGUGGUAAAGCUGGCCUGCGUGGCAUGGCGGUUUUGGUUGGGCGCGGUAAGUAAUAAAGGCGGGCGGGGGCAGAGAAACCGCGAGGAGAUGAUCCGAUGAAUCCUUUUUCAGAGUGGAUUCAUUGGCUUCUUUGAUGCAUCGUGAUCUGGGUGAUCCCGGAUCACUGAUCCUGAUCAGGAUGCACCCUUAAAUAACAAGAAUGGGCAAUAAUUUUUAGAAUUUAAUUGGUGUGAAGACACGUUUUAGCUUUUUAAAAAGAUAGCGAGUAGCGUGACAUAGCGUCUUUAAAAAACCUCCUAAGCUUGAGUUUACUCAUCCUCCUGCCCCACUCUGUGUGGAACCUAAUUGUCAGGGUAUUGUUGAUCCUUCUUUUUAGAACUCACAGUCUGAAAGCAGACACAGAGGAGGAGCUGGAGGCCUGGUACGCAGCUCUAAGAAGCAAACAGGUAGGAGCCUAGUGCUGAAUACAGUGGAAUCUCUCUGAAAAGUACGGUGGGACGUUUUCUUUUCAUGACUACAUUUUCACUGUUUGUUCUGUUUGUCUUAAAAGGUGUUUGGUGUUUUGCUGAGUCAGCAGCAGCUGGGUUCAGAUGGUAUCCCUCAUUUGGUAGCGAAAUGUCUGCAGUUUGUUGAAACUUAUGGUAUGAAACAAAGUCUUGUUAAUUUGUUCUCUUAAGCUGCGUUUCACACGACAGGCACCCGACGAAUUUUCGAUCAACAUCGCGACGGCAACUUCCCGCCAAAAGUGAAGUCGCGCUGCUUGCCCGCGCUGCUUCAAACUUUAUCGCGCUUAUUCUAUCUCAUUCAUUUCGUCAAAUAUUGGUAAUUUUUCCUGGAGUUGAAUUCUAAAAGAUUGCUUCAAAGUUCAGGAACAGAAAAAAUAGAAAGUCGUCUCGUAUUCACGUCCUAGAAAAAAACGUGAAAUUGGGCAGUCUCACGUCGUAGUAGUGCACUGACGGCAAAGAAAUGUACAAAAAAAGCGUGAUGUCCGUGCAAAGUUGUUGUUUUGCCAAUCUAAACUUAUUGCUUUUUUGCCGUCCUCGUUGAUGUCGACGUCGUCGUUGCUUAGCUCCCUAUUCGCCCAGUGCCGUGUGAACGUAACGUUAUUUUACAGCUCGGUUAAAAGAGAAACUUCAAAAACCACUCAAGUGGAAACAUGAAUUAUCGAGCAGCUAAGCUUACUUGAGCUUUCACAGCUAAAAGCUCGGUUUGUCUAUCCGUGAAUAAGUUUGCUUCUUUUUUUUUUUUACAAAUGAUAACAGGCGGUAUUGAGAUGGAAGGAGUUUAUCGAGUGAAUGGUGGACAGUUGACAAUGAAGAAACUGAAGACGGCUUUUGAUCAAGGUAACGCUAUGGAACUGUAAUUGUUCAUCCGCGAAAACGUUACUUUUUCUAGUUUCAUUUCAGACCAGGUUUCAACAGAGUUUCGUAAAACUGAGUGCAAAUCAAUUUCUUCCCCAUCUGAACGAAAAAACAAAACCAGCGAACUGCUGGAAGCAUGGCACCAAGCUCGAUCGGGAAACACGUGGGCGGUGUUCUACUCCUAACUGGUGAAGAAAAGUGGCGCGAGAUUUUUUAACCAAUCACUAAGCAUCCGCAUUCGGUCGCAAUCGCGCAAGUACUUUUCACACUGUGUGAAUCACUGAUUGGCACGUGUCUUAUUUCAGAUGCUAGAGGAGUGUUGUUGACUUUGGACGACUGCGGUGUUCAUGACGUCACUGGUGUACUUAAACAGUACCUCCGACAGCUUCCCGAUCCGGUCAUUCCGGGUACCAUGUACAAACAAUUCAUUGCAGCGGGAUGUAAGUAUCUGACGCUUUAUUAACUUGCUACAUUUUUUUACUUUUAGCUGUGUACAAUUGUGGUGCAGCAUUUCCAAAGUGCGUUUUUCAAAGAGUAUAUUUACUUUAAAUGGCUGCCCUUUACUAUUUUAAGGAGCUCAAUAAUUUCGUUGAUGUUGUUUAUUUUUAGUAAAUCAAGACCACAGCACAAGAUUGAUAGCCAUCAAGGACUUGAUCAACCAACUUCCCAAAGUGAACCAUGAUACUUUGAAGGAAAUCAUUUUUCAUUUGACAAAGUAUGUACCACAUACUCGAGAGCUACACUAAAAGCCAUCACUCACUGGCACUAUUGCCUUGCAUGAGUUUUCCCGCGCUUGGCACCCGUUCCAUAUUUUCCCGCGUCCUGCACCACCUUCCCAUAAUCACCCAUGGCAUCUGUUCCAUAUUCCCCGCGCUCAUAGCAUUAGCUGAGUCAAGCUGAGUACUUUUAUUACAUUCAUUCUACUAGUUUUGCCUUCACGACAACAAUAAUUUACCACGUGGGGUGUUAAAGUAAGUUCUUUAAUGCUCCUCAUAUUCUUAACUGCGUAGACUAGUAUUAAAGCAGGGUGUUGACAGUUAAGUGUAUUUCUUUUUCAGAGUGGUAGGAUUUCAGGCCGUGAAUAAGAUGGGUGUACCUAAUAUUGCUAUGAUCUUUGGACCCACGCUGAUGUCUAAUGAGAAUGUAAGCAUUCACUUUUUUUCUUUGGGCACAAAAGGCGCAAAACUGUCUUACAUCAAAUGCGCUGGUUUUGCAUUUCUACGCUUGUAAUUGGUUAAAAAAUCUGGCCAUUUUUUCUCAACCAAUCAGUAGUAAAAGCACAAUCAAUCAUGACUUGUUCACGUGCGUUCUAUGGCGCUUUGCUGGCUGACGGCGGGCUGCAUCCACUCGUUUCGAGGUCUGAUUGGCUUGUUGUAUUGUCUGAGUUGUAUUUUCUGAUUACUUUAUGUUUGUUGUUUUUCUUUUUUCAAUCGUAUUUUUAUUGUUGCCAUAUUUUUCAGACUGGUAGAAUGGAUGACGCCUCAAUCAACCAGGAAUUCUCCAUUGUUGGAGAUAUGAUCAAUUAUUACCAGUGGCUCUUUAGUGUAAGUUUGCAAAAUGUUAUGUAUAAACAGAGUCGAUUUGGCAUACUUGUAGCGUAAUUUUAUUGUGAAGCCUGACUGCUAUCGUGUAAAGCAUAGUUUUCCUCCAAUUGGAUUGUUCUGCGCGUUCUUACAAUUAUCAGAACUCCGUUUUCCUUUUAAAAGGCACGAGCGCCAAUUUAGAAAGCUUACUCUUGAAAAGAAAAUGCACUCAAAGCAGCAUCGAGUUUAGUACGACAAAAAUUCGUGCAAGUGAGUCUUCGAGAAUUUUUGAAAUAAUUAGCGUAAGGCUCAUGUCAUUACCCCCGAUAGUGAGAAUAAUAGCGAUGACGACGAGGACGACGAAUUUGAUAACUCUGAUGGUAACAACAUUUUUAUCUGCUAGGUGGAUAAUGAGGAAUUCGAAAAGGACAAGGUAGAAAUGUCGAAUUGUAUUUGUUUUUAUGUUGUCAAAUUUGCUAGAUGAUUUUGUCUCUCGAUUCUCUAAUGCCUGCUCUCAUAUUUGUUAGGCCAUCCAACUUGCCAAGCAGAAGAUAAGAUUGCUGAAUGAGUCCAGGGUACUGCUAUGAAUUUAACAUUUAUUUUUCAUUGACGUUAUGUCGUUAUGGAGUCAGCUAUUAUUUUGUUUUACAGAGCGAAAAAAGGGAGAGCACCAGUGGAGAAUUCACUCUGGACAUUUAUGUUAAAGAGAAAAACGACGAUGCUUGUCGAUUGAAGGUGAUUCCUCAUUCUUCCUUAUCAGUCAUAGUGGAUGAAAUUUUAAGACGGUCUCUAACAAAGCCGUGUACGGAAGCGGUGGUUUCAACGUUUCUACUUUUCAACGCAGCCCCGUUAUUUAAGUUGCCACGCGUGGCGUCUCCCCUUUUGUGAGGCGUAGCGUUGUGUUACGACCUGUUAAAAGAGAGACUGAGUAGGCGACUGCAGUCGACUCUUUCUUAACGGACACCUCCAUAACACGGGCACCUCUGUAAAACACACACCUAGAGUUGCUCCCUACUUUUCUGUACUCCUUUUAUUUGAUUCCCUAUUAGAGAGACAUCUCCCUGAGACUAGCCUCCCACUCAGACGUUCUCAGGGGGUUCGUCACGCGUUCCUGUCCCACUAGGAACGCGUGACGAACCUCUAAGAACGUCUACGUGGGAGGCUACUCUGAGACGUGCACUUUUUAGUCAUGAAAAUUCCUUUAAUUUCCAGCCCAGUCUUUGUGGGUCACGCAUCACGUCUCCCGUUGCGUGACUACCCGCAGAAUGACUUGUUUGAAAACUUUUUUUCAGGUUUCGUCUGAGAUGACAGCGGGGCGGGUGUGUGCUGAAGUCGUAGCGAUUAAGAAGUUGCCACCGAAUAUCGACUGGGUUUUAUUUGAAGUCAUUGAUAAUGGAGCCAUGGGUGAGUACUGUACUAUACAAGGGAAAAAGAAACACCUCGUUUGUAGCCAGAAAUUAAAUGACUUGUUGGUUAGAAACGAUGUACAUGCAGUGGAUCCUCACCUUGCUUUGGGACACCUCUAUUCACGGGACUCUUGCUCGGGCCCCAUGGUAUGUCCUGAGUAGAAGUUCCAUUGUAUUAUGGCAUGGAGGAACUGCAUGCCGAUAUUUGGACUAAAAGUAUUUUAAAAUCUUUCAUUUGGUUACUGCUCGCUUUGACUUAGCUUAUCAAGCUCUGGGUGGCUUCAGAUGACCUUCGUUCAACCAGUUUUCAUGACAUAUUUCACUUAAAGGCCUUACUAAAAACUAUGUUACUUUGUGCCUCUGUCGUUUUUGUCUUACUUGGCUAUUUUCCUCACUUUUCCAGAGCGUGCAUUCCAAGUUCGAGAGAAAGUUCUUGCUGCUGCAAACUGGGGAAGUGGUAACUACCUCAUCGUCAAGGAGAAUUAUAUCGCUGAGCAGAUUAAUCCUCACGUAAAUAUUGUAUUUUGUCCAUUUUGGUAAAGAUAAAGAUUGGUAAAGAUUUGAGGUCACAGCUGUGACUCAAACUCGGGACCUCUCACACGUAAGGCCGCACAGUAACCAAAUGUGUCAAUCCUUGCUCGUGGUAGUUUGUUGUUGUUGAAAUAAAGAAAAAAUAUAAUUCUUUUCUGAAUUAAAAAAUGGAAAUAUCCAACAAACCAUCGUUUUAGUUUUGUUGGAGCAGGGAUGAUGCAGUGGAGAGAGCAUUCUCCUCCCACCAGUGUGGCCCGGGGUUGAGUCCCAGAAUGGACGCCACAUAUGGGUUGAGUUUGUUUGUUGUUUGUUGUUGGUUCUUCUAUCUUCUCUAAGAGGAUUUUGUCCCGGUACUUCGGUUUUACCCGCUCCUCAAAUACCAUCAUAUCAUAAGUUUAAUUUGUACUGGAAAGUGUCUCCAAAUUUGUAAGAACUCUUAGAGGGCCAUAGGUUUAUCAGCAGUUCUUGCCAAUGUCAAGUGUCACCAGAUGUAUUUUUGUUUUCUUUUUCCCGUCAGGUCGGUUGGCUGUCAAUUGAGGGCACUUUGCACAUGCGGGAACCUAAAAAGGGCUGGAAACAGUCUCACUUAUGCUUGAAGAAUGGCUACCUGUCAGUCAACAAAGAGAGAGGGGUCAGUUCAAAUUCGCAAUUUAUAGUAGUCAAAACUGUGUUAAAUCGAUUGGGUAACCACACUCACCUGCUAUUGUCGAAAUCACUUCAUCGCUUAUCAUUGUUUGGAUUACUUUUGAAGUAAUGAAAAUAAUGAGAAUUUGGCCAAUUGCAAUGGGAACGAAAAGGCACUGAGGGAGGGAGGGCCGAGGCACUUACACUAGGCGCGUAGAGACAUUAAGCGAACUAUCAACUGCCUUCCUUGUCCUCAGGCUCUUUUCUGUUUCUAACUAAAGGCAAGAAAAGAGAGGAUCCUGGGUACGAGCCUAUGCCUUCCCUAUUCUUUCAAGUCCCUGCAAGGCUCGUUAGUUUUAAUCUGAGCUCUGAUAUUUAUUUCAGCUGAUUGCAAAAGCGAUUAAAUCUGACAAAUCUGAACCCGAGCAAUGGCCUCUUCAUAAACUGACUUUGUAUGUGGGAGUUCCAGCCGAAAAAGCAACCAAAGGAGUCGACACAAGGUAAGUGGCGUCCUUCAUUUUAACCGUUAAAAGAUGUUUUAUUAGCUUAUUAGUAUGAUUAUGGCUGCAAUUUUAUCCCACUGUAACAAAUUUUAAAACAGUGACUACCAUUCUUUGUCUCGUUUUAUUCAUGUUCUUGAUAAAUAAACGUCGAUGAAUAACAAAACACGAUGAGGUUGGUAAUUUUACCUAGUUUCGUGAUGUCUGGUUGGCUAGUGUAAAGCCGUGAGCCCCAAAACUCCUCACAUAUUCGUUUUGUGAUAACCAUAAAUUCAUGUCUAAGCUAUUACACAGUAAAAACGAACCCAAAGUCAUCGGGCGUGCAAAAUUGGAAAAAAAAUUGAUAAACGUUAAUAUGAAUUCGUGGUCUUUGGUGAGUCCCAGAUGACCUUGAAAUGGCCAUUUACGUCUCUUACCUUUGUUGUGUUACUGGUCGAUUUGGCAGCCAUGAAUGCUUACGCGUUUUAUUCGCAUCUCGACUGUUUGCGUUAAACCUUUGCCUGUACUGUACGGCGUUUUGGCGUUUAUCGCGCCCUUGCGACGGUUGAUGUUGGCGAUAGCCGGAAACUUUCAUAUCUUUGUCCGCGGUUCAAAGUAUGAGUCAUUUCAUACAUUUCCAGUUCACUCUCUAUUUUUUAGACAGUAGUUUUUUGUUCUCUCUAGUUGCGGAUUUACUAUUGUUGUGAAAACGGAUCAGGAGGAAAUCACUAGGUAAGUAAUAAUCAGAAUUAGAAUCGGAAUCAUAUCCAUAAUAAUUCUUACAAAUAUUUUUCAAGUCGGCCUCUCAUCACUGAAAAGUUGUUUUCGAGAGGUCCCUCUUUUUUAUUUUUGUACUUGACAAAGGUUGCCCAUCGCGCCAAGAAACAUGAAAUUAUAGGAAUAAAAUAUGUGAAAUACAACAAAACAUUUUUCCGGUUGUCGCCUCUCUCAAGCUAGGAUAAAAACCGAUUAGUUAUAAUAUUUUUCAGCGAUAAUAUGGAAGAGGGGUGAAGAUCUUCGCCCCUUGUUCCGGUUAGAUAACCUUUUAGUAAAGUUUUUACUAUUGUUCACGAGGUUUGUGCUUGCAAGAGGCGUCUCUCUUGAAUAGAGACAGAGUUUGUUCCUGAUUGACACUCGCUAACCGUUCCAUUUACUUUCGUCAUGGACAGGUACAUUUGCGUAAAGGAUAAACGAGACUUGAAUCGCUGGUUGGCAGCCAUACUGAAUAUGAAGGUAAUUUUGCAGCUGAUCAGAUUUGAGUUUAAGUUUCUGAGUUGCACUAGUCUAUAAAUUUUCACUCUCUCUCUUCAGUGAGAUCUCAGCUUGUUCCUGGCUCUCAGUUAGCUGGGACGAGCAAAAAGGGCGAGAAUAAGAAGAGUAGGCGAUGUCUCUCUCCACUCCUCGCCCGUUUAAUUUUUUCGCAGUCGCAAAACAACCUGCGAAGAUCUUCACCAGGUCACUUUUGAUCCGUCUCUGAGUCCUUUGCCCUUUUGGGUUCAAGUGAGUGCUUGUAGCCACCUUGGAUUCGUCACAUGCGCUCAUCUCUUGAACGUACUCAAUCAUUAUGUGACUAUAAUCUUCAUCUAUUAUUUUUUGCAUCAGCAUCCUGAAGGGAUUUGGUACGAUCCUUCGCAGAAGGAAACAAUAGCAUCCUCAUCUUCUGUAGGACCUCAGGUAUUGCUCUUGCAUAUUAUUAUUAUUAUAAUAUUAUAGGUGACGAAUUACUCCUUAAUUUUGGCGCGAAAUCUCAGCGUUAAUUUGUAAUUACACAUGUGAAAUUACAAAAUUGCCAUGGCAACCUUCCGUACGUCUCAGUGUCAAGAUGGCGACGAAGUUUUAAAAUGCCGUGAAUGAAGAUGUCAGGGCACAAAAAGAAGCUUUAGAAAACCUGAACACACAAGAGAACAUCAAGAAGGAUUCUAACAGGUAUUUUGCCGAAAUAAUCUGAAAAAUUCUGAACUUUAUAAGCCAAAUUUAAGGUCUAAACAUUUGAGAGAGUGGAGUUCUCGAUCGAUCCGAUCCGGGAUAAACAUGUCAAAAAUCCAAGGUUGCUAACGUAAUUCGUCUCCCAUGAUAUUAAUAGGUAAUCAAAUGGUAUACUCGUGAAAUUAUUCCCUAAUUUCACUCGUCUCCAUUUGAUUACACAUACUUAUUAUUAUUUUGUGGGGGUGGUGGGGGGGAGGGGGGAGGGGGGGGAGGGGACUAUUCCAUGAGGUACGAAAUACUCAACGCUUGCAGUAAAUUUUUCGGCAAGCAUCUGAAGCUAUUUCAGAGAUCAAACGGUCGUACAAAGGUUGUAUUCCAGAUAGUAGUGAUGAAUAACUUUGUUUUGUAUUUUCGUUUGUUUAACUGUAAUUGGACGUUACUUAAAUUGUGUUUGUUGUUUUCUCUCUUACAGCAGACGGACGAUUUGCCCAUGUUUCUGGGAAGGCAGGUAUGUUGCUUAAUCAUUUCUCAUCUGUAGUGAUUGUAAUAGUAUUACUCGCCCGAUUACACCCGAAUUUUAACCCAAUCUUUCCUAUUACCAAUUGUGUCAAUAACAAAAUGCGAGAAUUUAAAUAUUUAUUUAUGUAAUCACAAAGUUCUUACUACAUCAGCUUAAAAGCUUUUAAGGCAAAAACAUCGCUUACAGCGUCUGGUGAAAUCGGGAUAAGGACAUCCAACUGCGUGAAUUUUUCUUAAAAUUCUUUUCAUAAGAAUUAAAUGUGUCAAUAUUUUAACAAAAUGCGAGAAUCUUAUUAAUGGAAUGUUACAUCUUGUUAACACACCUGAGAGGUUUUACUUUAUAUGUUAAGUGUUCGAUGUCUUUUACCCCUCAGUCGGCAGUCCUUCGACGAAAAGGCUCCUCAAAGCAUGUCAUGGAUGAACUGAGAACAAGACAGAAAUCCUUAAGACGGUCUACAGCCAGAAAUCCUCAAACUUAAAAAUGGAAAAAAUGUAUUAUUGGUCAUAAAGAUGGAACAUUGUUGUAAAUAGGAAAUUUAAAAUUUAAAAAAUAAUAAUACAGUAUGCGAUAUAUUGCAAUUCAAAAGCUGUGGCUCAAGUUUGAACUUGCAGUUGACAGUGUAGAUAAGAUCAAAGAUGAUUUCACAGAGCUUUGUGAAAUUACACUCAAAUUAAAGCUUAGUUAAAUUCAAUUCAUAAAUAUUGUGGCAUUGGAUGAUUGGAUGGCGCAAUAAUCGUGUGGUCAUAAAAAGUUUGGAUAGUUUUCAGGAAACAAACCCGUAGCUUAGUGUGAACAUACCAAGUUUUAUAAUCCAGAAUUAUUCGGAAUAAUUUGUGCUCUGAAAAUAGACUCUAAAAGUAAUCAUUGUUGUGAAAGAAGCCCAGUUAUUAAUUUCGAGGGACGGUGGGGGCAGUCAAAGUUGUUCACCUCUCUAUUCAUCUCUGUAGGUACAAACGUUGAUCGAUAAAUUCUUUGAUUUGCCUGUCAAACCAUUCUGUGGGGUUUUAAGGGAAAAGUUUUGUACAAUACCUAGUAAAAUUAGAACGUUUUGCGAUGUAAAUUGAACCACUACAGGAGCCCCUGACCACUAUAAAUCGCAUUCUGUAAACUAUGAUGGACGGUGUCCACUUUUAUUACUGCUCAUAUUUUCUGCGCAUCACAGGAUAAUCGCGCCGUCCUUGAUUAACAAGAACGCUGGCGUCUCGGACGUCAUGAAUGGUAGCGUGCGUAGCAAGCUUUUCCAAUCGAGUUAUUGCGCAAAAGGUAGAUUUUUUUGCUCUCGUCCCAACUUUUCUCGACGAACUCGCGCGGAAACGCUUGAUACGCAGGCUACAUGAAUGGCAACCGGAAGUUUGGUUUUUCGCUUGAUGAAACACUUGUGUCUGACAUACCUCGUUGAAAACUUUUGUUGAACUCCAGUAGCAUGAUGUUAUCGAGUCAGAAAACUGAUUAAGAGGAACGAUCAACUGUCAGUUGUUAUGUUGACUUCCGGACGUCAAUAUACAACUUGCUUAAGGUUGCCUACACUAGGUAACGAAAAAAAAUAUUGCGACACAGUCGACACUUCUGUAAGGUGACUUUUUUUUCCUUUUCUAAGGGUGUCCGCCGACGGGAGAUUCGACUAUUUGAUUAAGGCUUUUUAUGUGAUGUAAAAACUGUGUCAAAAUUUGAAAGAAAUUUUAAAAGAAUUGAUAAGAAAGACCUUCAAAACUUAGUUGGGUUACGCUUAAGACUAAGCCAAGGUUAAUCCCUAGAUUCAGCGAAAGGGCGAAGUGACGUGAAGUCUUAUAGACGUUUUAGAAUUUAGAAUCUUUAAUAGAAAUAAAAUACUUAGCUUUUAAAUAGGGGUAUAAACAACUCUGUUUAAUAUAAAAACAGUUAUGACGUCAUUUUGUUAAUUUUCUUAUUUUUGUACAAAUAAACAUUUAAAAUACUAGUUAAAUGGAAGAUUUUUUUCCCCAGGACAGGCAUAUUUUUGUCAUAUAUUCAAAGAAGUGUAAUAAAAUAGUAUUGUU